AUGGUGCUUUUAGAGGUCUUGCUGCUGGCACACUUACCAUCCAGGGUACAGCAGGCUCCCUUUGUCAAAUGCAGCCUUUGUGAGCCUCCCUUUCCACUUCACAUGCAUCAGUCAGGAGACAUCCUUAUCGGUGGCAUUGCUUUUCAUGGUUUCUUCAUGUCCAGUUCAACAGCCUUCACUGAGGAACCCCCACCAGAUGUGCUUGAAGAAUAUGUAAUGAUCCCUAAGAAUUACCAGCAUCUCCUGGCCUUGGCAUUCGCAAUACAAGAGAUCAAUCAGAGCUCUCAGAUACUGCCCAACCACACUUUGGGCUUUCGCAUCUAUGACAGCUAUGUCAAUGCAAGGAGAACCUGUCAGGCAACACUACAACUUCUCUCGGUGCAGGAGAGAUUGGUCCCCAACUACACAUGUGGCAUCCACAAUAAUCUAAUAGCAGUCAUUGGGGCACUGGACUCCGAAGUCUCUCUCAAUAUGGCAAAUAUCUUGGAUAUCUACAAGAUUCCACAGCUCAUAUACGGUGUGGCUCCAGUCAUGAAUGAUAAGACCCCAGGACUUCCUUUCUAUCAGAUGGUACCUCAUGAAACUCUUCAGUAUGAGGGGAUUCUGUCUUUGCUCCUACAUUACAACUGGACGUGGAUCGGACUUGUUUUUAUAGAUAAUGACAAUGGAGAAAGAUUCUUGCAAACUGUCUUUCCAAUGUUUUCCAAAAGAGGUGUCUGUUUUGCUCUCAUAGAAAGAAUUCCCAAAUUAACUUAUGUCACUGAACUUUAUGAUGUAAUGAAACAGGGAGCAAAAUUAAGUGAUGAAUUACAAAGCACUAAAGCCAAUAUAGUGGUGGCCCAUGGAGAAUCAUAUUCCAUUGCAGUUUUUAGAUGGUUGCCGUAUUUAUCUGAAGCAGGGAACAAAACAAGCAAAAUGAAAGGCAAAGUCUGGGUAAUGACAGCCCAGAUGGAAAUCAAUGCAUUUGCCUACCAAAGGAAUUGGGAGACAGAAAUAUUCUAUGGUGCUCUCUCACUGAGGGUUAGCUCCAAUGAGCUACCAGGGUUCAAAUCAUUUGAGAAGAGCAGAAAUCCUUUCAACACCAAAGGAGAUGAUUUUAUCAGGUACUUUUGGCAGCAAGUCUUUGGUUGUACAUUUCCUGAAAUGAUGAUGGAAGACAUGGAGGAAGAAAUUUGCACUGGGAAGGAAAAGUUGGAGAGACUUCCUGGAUAUUUUUUUGAAAUGAGCAUGACUGGCCAAAGCUACAUUGUCUACAACGCUGUCUAUGCUGUGGCCCAUGCACUACAUGCCAUGUUGUCAUCUAAAGUUAAGUGCAAAGCAGUGAUGGAUAAUGAAGGAAAAAAGCUUUGGAAUGAACAGCAGUGGCAGCUCCAUCAGUUUCUUAGAAGUAUCUCCUUUAAUAACAGUGCCCAGAACCAGGUUUCCUUCAAUGAGAAAGGGGAGGUGGUGGCUGGAUUUGAUGUUAUCAACUGGAAGUUUUUUGCCAAUGAAUCCUUUCACAGAGUGAAAGUGGGAAAGAUCCAUCUUCAGGUUUCUCCAUCACUUGCCAUUGAUGAGAAGACCAUCACCUGGCACCAUUGGUUUAAUCAGACACGACCACUUUCUGUAUGCACUGAGAGUUGCCAUCCAGGCUCUAGCAAGAAAGUGAAGGAGGGGGAGCCAUAUUGCUGCUACGAUUGUAUCCCAUGUCCAGCUGGGAAGAUUUCAAGCCAUGAUGACAUGAAUGAUUGUACUCCAUGCUCACAUACAGAGUAUCCAAGCAAGAAUCGGGAUUUCUGUCUUCCAAAGAACACAACCUUUUUGUCCUAUGAUGAAGCUUUGGGGCUCACAUUAGUCUUCCUUGCUCUUGUCUUUGCUUUCAUCACAGCUCUUGUGCUGGCCGUGUUCGUGAAGAACCACAGGACUCCCAUAGUCAAAGCCAACAACCAGGAGCUCACCUACACUCUGCUCAGCUCCCUCCUGCUCUGCUUCCUUUGUGCAUUGCUAUUCAUUGGGGAGCCUCAGGAGCUCACCUGCCUCCUCCAAGACACUGCCUUUGCCAUCAUCUUCUCAGUGGCUGUUUCUUCUGUACUGGCUAAAACCCUCUUAGUCAUUCUGGCUUUCAUGGCCACUCAGCCAGGAUCCAGGAUGAGGAAGUGGUUGGGAAAGGAGAUGACCAGUGCAACUGUUCUUUCCUGCUCCCUCAUCCAAGCAGGCAUCUGCAGUGUGUGGCUGGGAACUUCACCCCCUUUCCCAGAUGUCGACAUGUUCUCCAUGACAGAAGAAAUCAUACUAGAAUGUAACAAGGGCUCUAUGACUAUGUUUUACUGUGCCUUGGGCUACAUGGGCCUUCUUGCAACCAUCAGUUUCACUGUGGCCUUCCUGUCCAGGAAGCUGCCCAGCAGCUUCAACGAAGCCAAGUUCAUCACCUUCAGCAUGCUGGUUUUUUGCAGUGUUUGGCUCUCUUUUUUCCCAUCUUACCUCAGCACCAAGGGGAAAUCCAUGGUGGCUGUGGAGAUCUUCUCCAUCUUAGCAUCUAGCACAGGAUUGCUGGCUUGCAUCUUCUUACCCAAAUGUUAUAUUAUUAUGUUGAGGCCUGAGCUGAACAACAGGGAACAGCUUAAUAAAAGAAAAUACUGA